AUGCGCAAACGCAUCAGAGCCUCAAAAAAUGAGCUUGGGAACAAUAAAGUUCCUUCCCUGUCGAAAAAGUAUUGCGCCUCAAAAUAUCACUACCUUCUCCUCACCCUCCUCACCUUCCUCGUCUACAGCAAUAGCCUUACGUGCAAUUUCGUUUUUGAUGAUGCCUCCGCAAUCGUAGACAAUCAAGACCUCCGACCACACAUUACCUCGGCGUGGUCGCUUUUCCGUAAUGACUUUUGGGGUACUCCAAUGGCUCACGACUCGAGUCACAAGUCCUAUCGCCCGCUGACCGUUCUCUCCUACCGCUGGAAUUACGCAUUUUCUGGCCUGAACCCAUGGAGCUAUCACUUUGUCAACCUCCUCUUACACGCCGUCGUUGUUCUCCUUUUUUACGAAUUUUGUCGGAAUUUUUUGGACUCGUGUGGAGCUCUCGCUGCCGCCCUCAUUUUUGCUGUCCACCCCGUUCAUGUGGAAGCUGUCACUGGCGUGGUGGGCCGCGCCGAGAUUCUCUCAGCGAUGUUUUUCCUGUCAUCGCUUCAACUUUAUCUGAAACUUGUUUCGCAAAAAAGUCAAACCAUACUGUCAGAAAUCUGCCACAUUUUAUGUGUGUCUGUCCUCGUUAUCGUUGGCACUCUCUGCAAGGAGCAGUGUAUCACUGUGGUCGCUGUCUGUCUAGCCUACGAUUUUGUCUUUCACUUUAUCUACACCUUUUACAUUAGAAACGAGAAGCACUCCAAAACAAGGUCCUGGAAGCGACUGGUUCUUCGUGGCGUCGUGCUCGCCAUGGCAGCUUCGCUCUUCCUUUUCGUUCGGGUCCAAGUUAUGGGAUCCCAGUUGCCGCAUUUCACACCAUUUGACAAUCCCGCAGCCCACGCUGCCCCCCUUGCUCGACGACUGACGCACCUCCAUCUUCUCUUCGUGAACACCGCUCUGCUCUUCUACCCCUCGGGUCUGUGCGCUGAUUGGACAAUGGGCAGUAUUCCCCUCAUCGUCUCAUUUGCCGAUCCUCGUAACGCCCUCACCCUUCUCACCUUGGUUGGCGUUCUUACCGUCGCCCUUCGCUGUGCGUGGUCUCGCACGCCACCCCAAACGGCACUCACCUUGUCUAUGGGCCUUGCCUUGCUUGUCUUCCCGUUCAUUCCGGCGUCGAAUUUGUUCUUCUACGUGGGCUUUGUGGUUGCAGAACGCGUUCUCUACGUCCCGAGUCUGGGGUUCUGUCUCAUCAUGGGCUUCGGAUUUCAGCGCCUCGUCAACAAAUCAGCGUCUUCACGCACCCUCUCCGUCUCCUUGCUUCUGCUUGUCUGCUCAGUUUUGGGUCUGAAAACAUUUCACCGGAACUACGAUUGGAAAGAUGAAUAUUCUCUGUUCACGUCGGCGUUGAAAGUGAAUCAGAACAACGCGAAACUCUGGAACAAUGUUGGCCAUGCCCUGGAGGCCAAAUCGAUGCACGGCGAGGCGCUGGAGUUCUUUAAACAGGCAGUGAGGGUUCAACCUAACGACAUGGGCGCUAGAAUCAACGUCGGCCGUACUCUUGUUCAACUUGGACGCAACAAGGAAGCCGAGGAAGUCUACUAUCAGGCGCUUGAAUUUUUCCCCAAGCCCAAGAGAGGAGUGGUGUAUCACACACGAGUAUCCCCAAAGGACUUAAGCAUCUUCAUCAACUUGGCCAACUUGCUCGCCAAAGACGAUGAUCGUUUGGGCGAGGCUGAUGCGCUCCUGCGGCGAGCUAUUUCGCUUCGAGAGGACAACGUGGACGCCUACCAGACUCGGGGCAGCAUUCUCGUGAGACAGCAAAGGUUUGCAGAAGCCGAGGAGAUGUAUCGGAAAGCCCUCAGGUUUAAGUACAAAAGUGCUGUUCUGCAUUACAACCUUGGUGUGGUGCUUCUAGAAGUUAAUCGCACAGAAGAGGCUUACGCUAGCUUCCGGGAGGCCCUCCGUUUUGAUCCGGAUCAUGAACAAACAAAGUUUGCCCUCGCUUCGUCUUACUCGGAGAGUGCUGAUCCAAUCCAGCGAAAUACUGCCAAAAUGUACUUUGAAGAACUUGCAGCUCGCAAUUUUGAACCCGUACGUGUGCAUUUCGCCUUGGCAAUCAUCUACACCGAUAUCGGAGAGUACGGUACCGCGGCUGGACAUUAUCAGGAGGUUUUGAAGAUCGACCCCUCGCAUCGGAGUUCGUUAUUUAACCUGGCCCUAAUGUAUCACAAUGAGCUCAAUGAUUCCCUCUCCGGAGUUCCCUUGUUAAAUCGAUUGAUUGAGCACCACCCCGACCACUUCAAGUCCUACAUGCUUCUAGGAGACAUGGAGUUAUCCGUCAGAAAUGAUCCCGACGCGGCCAUAAAGUGCUUUGAAAAGGCGAGCAGUCUCGCUCCCAAUGAUCUUCAGGCGCGGCACAACCUCUGCGUUGCAAUCGCGGAAUCUGGGGAUUUGGAAGCAGGCGAGAAGUGCCUUCUGGAAGCCGCCGCUUACGCUGAUAAAAAGAACCCCAAAGAUGCAUACGUUUUUCGGCAUUUAGCCAUCUUGCAGGCAAAGCUACGAGACCAGCACUAA